AUGUGGGCGAAUCACUUCAAGAAGAAAGCAAUGGACGUAAAGAUCGCAAAGAGUUCAAUUGAGUUAUAUCACGUGAAGCAGAACGCUAGUAAUGAUGGAGAGGAUGACAGCUUUAGCAGCUUCUGGUCGGCCAUAGAAACCAUGUCACAUAUCAAGGUUAUCAGUAAGCAGAUUGGUCAUGAUGAGCAUGUGGUAAAACAAGUUAAAAAACUUAUGUCCUACAAAAAUAGUAAAAUUGGAUGGACUGUGCUUAUCCAAGGUCGUAGGGUGAUCAUCAUUGCUGAUGGUUGGACAAUGUCUAGCGUCCUGGGGGCCUAUGACUGGUGGAUAACUCGGCCAUCAGAAUCCUCCGGAAACUGUAUUGACACGGAUUUUGGUGAUGACAUGGUGGAUUUAAAGAGAGUUAAAGCUCUCCCAAAGUGGGGCUUUGUGGCUCACCAAAAGUCGGGCUUUGUGACGAUAUCUGAACCUUCGGCGAAGUUGGAACACUUCAUUUUCAGAAGUUUUGAUGCUCCGGUUGGAUGGAUCAUUGACGCCUACACUCCCAAUCCGAAAUAUCCCACGAAUUUCGAUACACUGAGCGGCUGUAAACUAUUCUUGUUCAUUUCGAGAUUGGAUAUUUCUGAAGCUCAUAUUAAACUUAUCAAGCACGUUAAUGAGCGGAUAAAAGAGGAGAAGGUGGAUGUUUAUAAGACUGUGUGGAUCCCCAUUGCUGGGGAAAAGAAGUGGAAGGCACACGAGGAGGAAGACAAGUACUUAUUGCACAUUGCGGAAAGACUGUCAUGCUACACUGCUAGACCCAACCCAGAAUGCAUCAGAAACAUCAAGGACAUGCUCGAAUUACACAAGAAGAAGAAUUAUUUGGCGCUGCUGGAGAUGGACCAAAGGGGCCAUGUGGAAGAAUACAAUCCUGCCAAGACAAUUGUGAAGGAAAGAAUGGCGCGGUUUGGUUUCAAACACUGA